AUGGAAGACGUCGAGGAUGAGGAUGAGUUCAAUCCCUGGCAGUUCAUCAAAUGCCUCCCCGACUACGCCUACGUGCGUCACUUGUGUCCGCCAAUUACCCUCCCACCCAAGACUGCCGGCGCCCCGCCAAUUACUCUCGUGCUGGAUCUAGACGAAACGUUGGUACACUGUACAGUAGAACCCGUUGAGAACGCCGAUCUGACCUUUCCCGUUGAUUUCCAUAACGUGACCUACCAAGUUCACGUGCGUCUCCGCCCGCACCUGUUCACUUUUCUCAGCCGCAUAGAGGGACAGUACGAAAUUGUUUUGUUUACUGCGUCCCAGAAGGUGUACGCCAAUGAGUUGCUUAAUCGCAUCGAUCCCGACGGAAAAUACUUUCACCACCGUCUGUAUCGGGAGUCCUGUUUGGCAGUUGAAGGCAACUACCUCAAAGAUCUAAACGUUCUAGGUCGCGACCUCUCCAGGACCGUUCUAGUGGACAACUCGCCCCAUGCCUUUGGAUACCAAGUCGACAACGGCAUUCCCAUUGAAUCCUGGUUCGACGACCCCGACGAUCGGGAACUCCUCAAGCUCGAACGAUUUCUGCGUCAGCUCGAGCCCGGCAGCGUCCGUGAGGCCGUUCGCAACAAGUUCCAGUGCCACACUCUGAUCGCCAAAGCGUCCGGUAAUCAGUAA